AAACAAACAAAACCAAAGCGAUCGUUUAGACAACUUGCGUCUCUUAGGAAACGGUUUGCUUUUCUUUGCCAAGGGGAUAUUACAGGUCCUCGGGAUACCCGAGUUGCGGGACUCUUGUCAGGACAAAACGGGGAUCUGAGAGGACGGAGGAAACAUGUAUGGCUGAAGGAUGCUGGUUCGGAGUGUUGGUCUUAGACCGCCUGACCCGAUGCUCUUAUGGCAGGGGAUGGAGAUCUGUCUCCGCUGGUGUUGCGUGCUGCUGCCUGUGCUCGUGUGUGUGGGCUCCGCUGACCCGAUCGACUGGCUCCUGUCCGAUAAAGGUCCAUUCCACCGAUCUCAGGAAUUCAUUGAGUUCACCGAGCGAUACCAGCAAGGUUUUACAACCAGAUACAAAAUAUACAGGGAGUUCGGCCGAUGGAAGGUCAACAGCCUAGCAGCGGAGAGGCAAGAAGGCAAUGGGGCUGCCGUGCCCUUUGACCCCGACUUCAUCCAUAACAUCAGGCUUCUGGGGAGAAGGCCAAGCUUGCAGAAAAUAACUGACAACAUCAUUAAGAAAUACGGGACUCACUUCCUGCUCUCCGCCACUCUGGGAGGCGAGGAGUCCUUGACGAUUUUCGUGGACAAAAGCAAGCUCAGCAGAGGUCAGCAGAAUGAAGGUGCUUCCAACAGUACGGCUGGUUCGUUGACCCUAGAAGCCCUCCACCAACUGGCCGCCUCCUAUUUCAUAGACAGAGACAGCACGCUUCGAAGGCUCCAUCAUCUCCAGAUCGCCUCUACCGCCAUUAAGGUUACCGAGACCCGGACAGGCCCUCUGGGCUGCAGUAACUAUGACAACCUGGACUCUGUCAGCUCCGUUCUGGUUCACAGCCAGGAAAACAAAGUUCAGUUACAAGGGCUGCAGGCCAUUCUGCCUAGUUAUUUAAGGAACGGCUUUGUUCAGGCCGCCUUAGGAUACAUAGGCUGCAAUGCCGAAGGCCAAUUUGUGUGCAAAGACAACGACUGCUGGUGCCAAUGCAAUGCAGCAUUUCACCGCUGUAACUGCCCCGAGGCUGAUAUCCGCUCCCAUGAGAGCUACCUGGAACGCAUGAGGGAGGAAGGGAUGCAGGAGAUCCAGGACUUUCAAAACUCAGAUGAGUUUCAGAGCUUCAUUGCUAAAUUGCCAACACAGAGCGCUCUAAACUCAUCACGCAUUCAGCAGCUGUGGAGGACAGACAGCGCACUACAACAGCGCUACAGGCAGCUAGAAUCCCAGCUUAACCUCCUGCUCACCAAGACCCGUCGCACCGCUAACAAGCUCUUCAGCCUCAGCAAAAGAUGCCGCACUCAGCCUAAAAUAGUCUCUCUGAGGGAGAGGCCCUUGAGUUACUGGCUCAAAUUCACGCUCUCCGUCCUGUACUGCAGUGAGAGUAACCAACUUGGAUUUUACGUAGAGGAACUGCGGAGCUGUGCCUGUCCGUACGAAUAUCCCUCGUGUCACGCCGUCAUUCCUUGCGAAGUGGGCGGCGGCCCCCGUUGCGCAUCUUGCUCCGCGGACAACCGCACACGUUGCUCUGCCUGCAACCUGGGUUACGUGCUCAGUCAUGGAGUUUGCAAAUACGCCGUACCUAACCCAACAGACCACUACCUUGGUUUCGAGACGGACUUGCAGGACCUGGAGCUUCGCUACUUGCUGCAGCACCACGACGGCCGCAUUGCCACGCAUGCCCUCUUUGUUAGCAACGACGUGCACCUCAACGUUUGGUUUGACCCCUCAUGGAGGAAAAGGAUGCUGCUUACGCUCAAGAGCAACAAGUUCAAAUCCAAUCGCGUACACAUGCUGCUCGGUAUCUCGCUGCAGAUUUGCAUGACCAGGAACUCCACUUUAGAGCCCGCGCUGUCCGUCUACGUCAACCCGUUCGGCGGCAGCCAUUCGGAAAGCUGGACCAUGCCCAUCAAUCAAAACGGCUACCCGGAUUGGGAGAAAACCAAACUGGAUGUUCCUAUGGAUUGCUACAACUGGACUUUGACGUUAGGCAACCGGUGGAAGAGCUUUUUCGAGACGGUUCACUUCUACCUGAGGAGUCGUGUUCGAAGCGACUCCUCUCAGGGAAACGAUACAGUCUUCAUCGAGCCUCUCGAAGUUGCAGAUCCUUCUCAAAACUUUGGAUACAUGAAGAUCAACAGUAUGCAGUUGUUUGGUUACAGCAUGCACUUCGACCCUGAAGCCAUCCAGGACCUGAUCCUGCAGUUGGACUAUCCUUACACUCAGGGUUCUCAAGACUCUGCUCUUCUGCAACUAAUGGAGAUCCGAUAUCGGGUCAAUAAACUGUCUCCUCCUGGUCCACUGCCUUUAGAUUUGUUCUCGUGCCUGCUUCGACACAGACUGAAACUCUCCAGCCCUGAGGUACAGAGAAUACUUUCCACACUGCAGACUUUUAGUGCCAAACAGCCCUUCUACAAAGAGUACGAAGCUGGAAAACUUUGUAGUUAAAAAGCAAACCAAUUUAUUUUUGCCAUUGAUGUUUGGCUUUACUGACUGCAAAACAACUUUGAGUCGUAUAUGAGAAAAGAGAAAAUUCCUUUUAGAGGGGGGUCAUUGUUGUCGGUGUUUGAUAAUAAUUCAUUCCUCUUCAUAGACAUGUUAUAUAUUUGAUGUCUUUGGUUCAAAUAGUAGUUGAGAUAGAACAAAGUUUUGCACAAUUUUAUCAACUCUGCCAUGUUUUAAUUAAAUAAAAUAGUCCAAAAUUGU